UGGGCGGAGUCAAAUAGUCAAGAAAAAGAAUAAAACAGCCAAGCGGGUUGCAGAUAGGCGAGAAGACGACGAGGAGCUGCUAUUCAGAGACCAUGUCUGAAGAAGUCAUCUUCUCCACCAAUCGGCAGAUGGCACGUGAGGUUUGUCACGUCCUCCAGUCGCAGGGUCCAAAGCCAUCCCAGUUGCUUCUCGUUGCCGAUGUUUCCGACAACAUUCAAUUGGGAAGGUGCCGGAGCCCUGAGGAGGAGCUGCUACUCCUCCAACAAUUACUCUGCUUUGCCAAGACAUGGCAAAUCAUCCAUGGAAUGGCUACUGCCAAUCACGAUCAGGUGGGCGGGGCCAGAUGGGAUCCUUCCCCCCUGCAUCCGGCCACCUCUACCCUCAGGUCUUUACAAUGGCCUCAUAAAGGACGAGUCUUGUGCGGCCUGUGUGGGAAAAGUUUCUAUGACAAAGGAACGUUGAAGAUCCACCACAGCGGUGUGCAUCUCAAAAUCAAACACGGCUGCACAGUGGCAGGCUGCGCCAUGCUCUUUAGUUCUCUGCGCAGUCGGAACCGACAUAGCACCAACCCCAACCCACGUCUGCACCGUGGUGCUUUCACAAUGAAAGAUGACUGGACCCCUCCGCAAAGUACAGCUGGCAAUGCCCCUGGCAGUCAGCAUCAUUAUGUGGCAGUGCGAGCAAAGCAGAGCAACUAGUUGCUGUCGCCGGCUUGCCGGCCAAUCAGUAGCCGUCCUAGGAGUCACAUGACAGCUCGCCCCAAAGGAAAAAGUCUAGAUUCUAGAAAGUUGAGCAUGCCGCCAAAAGUCAUCGGUCAUUUGGAAGGAAUAAUGUAUUUAAAAAACUUGUUCAUUUGGGCGCCAUCUAGUGGACAAACAAGUUGAUCCAUAAAAAUGCAUGCCUUUUGUUCUUUCUUUACUGUCAACUACGGGGGAAAAACAAUACAAAUAAGACAAAUAAAAAUCACAAACGAUC